CUUCCUCUAUACCCCAAUGCACAUAUAGAUUUCAACAAACCAUCAUUAGAGUCGUCCAGAAUUUGUCUUUUAUAGUGCGCUGAAAAAGAUUAUUCAACAUGAAAGAAAAGAAGCAUCCAGGUGAUGAAAAACCCAGGCAUCUCACUUCAACAGCUCAACAUCGCCGCCAAAUGUCAGGGAUGGACCAACCAGCAUUUCACGGCAUCCAGAUCAAUAUCCGAUCCGAUCCUUUUCAACAUCGAAUCCCAUCGCAUUUAAAUAGGCUGUGGCAGGAAUCACGCUUUCGAAAAGCUCUUUCUCGAGGUCGUUACCGAGCUUUAAGACGCUACCACCGCUUAACUUACGCUCAACGCAUCGCAACCAUUCUGGGUCUCAUCCUGUGUUGCCUGUUACUCCUCUCACAUGUCGGGUUUUUCAGUGGUCAGAAAUACGACAACCUUCAUCACGAAACUCACGAAAAUCCCAACCCUCCUCCCCCUCCUCCCCCUCCUUUGAACGAAAUUGAUUUACUCGAGAAAGUAUAUCCCGAAGACGGCCGAGGACAAGCUACGGCCAUUCUCUUAAAUUGGAGUCGGCUCGAAAACAUGAAGAUCAUUAUUGACAAUCUCUGUCAAUAUGAUAUGUUUCAAAGCAUCAUGGUUUGGAAUAAUAACGGAGCAGUCAAUUUAACCUCACAGAUGCUAGCUACCCCAUCUUGCCCGUCGUCGAAAAUUUUGAUAUACAAUUCCCCUGGCAACAUGCAUUUCAUUGCCAGAUACAUGGCCUGCGCAAUGGCACAAACUCCAUAUUGCUAUUUCCAAGAUGACGAUUGGAUCAUACAGCACUUGCGAAGCAUGUAUGCCAACUUCUUGCGAUUCCCACAUCUCGUUCAUACAGACACCAAUGCCGACGUUUAUUCUUUGACGAACUGGAAAUGGUGCUUUUAUAAUAAUCCUAUUCAUUUGCACACUUGCUUUUCUUGGGUCGGCACCGGAGCUUUUGCUUCACGGGAAAACGUUGUAAAGUUUUUGAAGUUGGCCGCCGUAACUGACAUGGAUCCAUUGGAAUUUGCGUACGGAGACAUGUAUUUUACAACGUAUAUGAAUCAGCCACCGUACCAAAUCCAAAACGACUUGCGAGAAUUGCCUCAAGAAAACGCCUUCUCAGCAGGUGAUGGUAGAAUAAGAAACAAGAUUUAUAUGCACAAAGCACUGGCCAGAAUGAUGGAUCACUUGAAAGCAGAUAGCAGUGCUUUCCCGCGACAUGAAGUUUCCCCAACCCUAUAUGAGCGAGAUAUUAGAGCUCCUUGCCAAGACGAUAGAUGUUUGAUGAUGACCAAUAGGCACGCAUUCCCUGAUGUUCGGCUAUUUCUCUAUCAACCUGCUGUCAACAUUAGUGAAUCAGAACGCAUUCAUGACGAGUACUAUAAUUCAGAUUAUUUCAUCGCUCAUCCAUAUUCCCAUGCAGUGGACGGAAACGACAAUACCGCGUGGAGAACACUAGACAAUAUCCGAGCGGGAGAUUAUUUUGGUCUGGACCUGUUACUCCCAAUUCCAGUACCUGUAGUGUAUCGCUUGCUUGUUGAUCAACCUAGGGAGUAUUUUGCAAACACCGUCAUUCAGACUUCCAUCAACGGAAAGACUUGGACCAAUCUCAACCCAAGACCUCGAAUAACUUCUGAACCUUUCACCAAUGCAAAAGACCAACUUCUUACGCUAUGUAAAUUCCAUGUACCAAGUACCAAGUAUCGAUUCAUUCGGCUACAAACCCAAACCGAUCUGGACUAUCCGUAUGUCGUAAUAGAUUUUUCCUUUAGCGCGCGAGCACGCCGAGACGCCAACGGUCAGCUUCUGGGUUUGGAUACUGAGAAUGAUGGAGGAACCGCCUUUUUGGAGGACUACUUUGAAUCAGGCGACAACAACGGUAGAUACGGACAUGAAGCUGAAGAUCGUCAAAACCGAUAAUCUUGUUUGAAACUCCAGAAAGAUAGACAUGCUUUCAUAGGAUGGCUUAGAACCUCUUGUACAUUUAUUCUUUUUCCACUAACAGUGUAAUAAUGAGCGAGCACCAGAUGCAAUAUUUCCU